AUGGAGCCCAGCUCCGAGAGCUCAGAGUUGCUGCGGAACGUGGCCUUGGCACUGCAAGGCUUGGGCUUCCAGGUGCGUGUGCUGGGCCCAACUGAUGGGCCGCUGCAGGAGUUGAGGAAGGUGGGCCUUGAGGCGCAGGUUUGCCAAGGUCUCCAGAACCUGGCACUGGGAAAGGAACAGCUGAGAGGGGAUGACAGCUUGCAGAGCCUGAUUUCGCUGAAGUGCCAUGUUGAUAGGACCCAAAUGUUCAUGGUCUUCGGUGACGUUUGGGCCUGGGCUAUCGCCAACCACCGAAAGGAUGACGCCGGCAAGUUGUUGUGGUUCUUGUUUCCACUGGAUCGCUGUAAGGGUCUGCAGCCUGAUGCUGUGACCCAGCGUGCUCUUGCCUUGGCGGAUCAUGUGGUUUUCCUUACUGCUGAAGAACGCUCGGCUUGGCAACAACCCAGUUCAUCCAAAUUCCAUCUCUUCCGACCAUUUCUGGAUGUUGAUAGACUCCAUGGUGACAACGUGUCCGGAAAAUUCACAGUGACCUUGGAGACUUGCUGUGAUGUUCUGCCAGACUACGGACAGAUUCAAAGCGCUCUUUCUGAAAGAUUUGGCGUCAACUGGUUGUUGGUCGUCCUUGCGACCUGCGGGAUCUCACUGGGCAAGUUCCCCAGGCAACAUGUCCUGUUGAUCAACGACAAGGACCUGUUUUAUCAACACAUGCGUGGCGCCAAUCUGUAUGUCAGCUUGGUCCCCUCCGGACCUUCCCUGAGCAUCGCCUACGCUUCCUCCCUUGGCAUCCCAAGCUUGGCCACCUCCCAUGAUCAGCUGCUGAGAAAUGGCGGGGAUGGCUACUUGCUGCCGCCACAAAUGUUGCCCCAAUUCUUGGCCAAGAUCACGACCUCGGAGCUUCGAAAUGUGGGCUUUUCCGCGCGAGAAUCCAGUCACCUCCGUUUCAGUCUGGCUGCGGGACAGACGAGGUUGGGCUUCUUGAUGGAUUCGCUGGAGGAGAAAACGCCGCGUGGGACGCGUAUCGCACUGUUUCUGCAGAUGCAUAAUGCUAGUUUGUGGUGGUCCUUGUCCUCCUGCAUCGAAAACGUCCUGUUGGCCGCGGCACCCGGCCGCAGCGUGGACCUCUUCGUCAUCACCACGUCCCAGGCCAACGCGGCGACGCUGCGGAGCCUUGCGGAGGGCCUGAGGAAAUUUGCAGCGCUGAGAUAUGUGGUGGUGGCCUUGGGAGCCAACAAAGGUGCAGACAUCGGCCUCUUCCUUCAGCAGUUGCUCCUCAACGUGGAUUUGCAAUUGGAGGUGGAUCUCGUCUUCAAACUGCACAGCAAGCGGAAGGAGCUCUGGCGCAGUCUGCUCGUGGACUCCUUGUGCGGCAGCGUAGAGGAGGUGAAGAGAAACGUGGAGGCCAUGGAGAGGAGCCCCAACAUCGGCAUCAUCGGACCCUCCAAGUUGACCUGGGGCCCGGAUUCGCAGUCCUUCAUUGAACUGAAACUGAAAAAGAAAGGCUUCAAUGAAGUGGCCUUGCGAGGGAUGAACACCACCUGGGCCGUGCUUGACACGGGUUCCAAGUUCCCAAGCAGGAAGUAUUGGAUCAUUUGCGCCGGCAGCUUCUUCUGGCUCCGGGCCUCCUUCAUCUCCUCCUGGCGUUCCACGAUCCUCCCCGCCAUCCCCCGACUCCUGGCCCUCUCCGGGAACUAUUCCACGGGCUGCGACAAGGCGAAUGUGACCAGCUGUUUGUUGGCCGUUGGCCUCGAAAGGGUGCUACCCACCUUGAUCAAAGCAUCAGGGGGCCGCGUGGUGGAAGCCGCAACGCUAAGAAGUCCCAAAUGA